ACUCCACCACACCAUUGUUGGUGUACACACUACAAGAAGAAGAGAAGAACGGAGAAAAAGAGAGUUGAUUGGUUGUGGUUUCUAGUGGUAUACACCACAUGAGACAACGAUCAAAGCUCCAGCUCAUCACCACAAGACUCUCAUGCGUGUAUACCCCAAGGCUUUAGAGGACAUUUGACCUAUUACAUCAUUUUUUUCUAACAACAAUGAUAUAUCUUGUGGUGUUUGCUCAAUGAAGAUCGUGAUCGCUAAUGUCAACAACAACCAGAAGAUGCCUCUUGCUGUUAGAAAAAUGCAAGAACAUGAAGCAACUAAAGCAAGUGCAUGGUCAAGCAAUCACAUGUGGCCUCGGAGAUAAUCACUAUGCUUUAAGCAGGUUAUUAGCUUUCUGUUCACAACCUCAUCAUCAUGGUAGCUUAUCACACGGCUUAAACAUCCUACAACACGUUCAACAACCCUCUAAUUGCUUAUACAACACCAUGAUCAAAGCUUGUUUGCUUCGAAACGAAUUAAACAUGUCGUUUCAGUUAUACAAACGCCUGCUUGAAAACGGUAUGUAUCCUGACAAUUACACACUUCCUUACAUCUUAAAAGCUUGUGCAUACAUGGAAAGUUUUCGUCUUGGAGAGCUAGUUCAUGCGCAUUGUUUGCAAUUAGGGUUUUUGUUCGACAGUUUUGUUGGUAACACUUUGAUGAUGACGUACUCCCUCUUUGGUAACAUGGAAUCCACACGUUACGUGUUCGAUGAAAUGCCAACUCACUGUGUCGUGUCAUGGACUGUUUUAAUUUCUGGGUAUGCUAAAACCGGCAACAUUGAGCUGGCUCGAGUCGCAUUCGAUGAAGCACCCAUUAAAGAUAGAGGGAUUUGGGGUUCUAUAAUUUCUGGAUACGUUCAGAAUAAUUGUUUCAAAGAGGGCUUACAAAUGUUCAGAUUAAUGCAAUCAACCAGCAUCAUCCCUGAUGAAGCUAUAUUCGUGAGCAUACUUGGCGCUUGUGCUCAUCUAGGAACUCUCGAAAUUGGAAUAUGGAUUCAUAAACGAAUCGACGCAAUAAAAUUACGACCUAGUGUGAAGUUAGCUACUGCAUUGAUGGACAUGUAUUGCAAAUGUGGGAAGCUCGAUGUUGCACACAAACUGUUCGAUGAAAUGCCUGAGAGAGAUACAAUUUGCUGGAAUGUUAUGAUUUCAGGAUUAGCAAUUCAUGGGGAAGGAUUACGUGCAAUUAAACUCUUUUCACAAAUGGAAUCGACUAAAAUUCAACCAGAUGAUGUCACCUUCAUUGCCAUUUUCACUGCUUGUAGCUAUUCAGGCAUGGAACACGAAGGUCUAAAGUUUUUCAACAAAAUGUGCAAGGAAUACAACAUCAACCCAAAAACAGAACACUACAUUUGCAUAAUCGAUCUUCUUGCAAGAGCUGGUUUAUUUAAAGAAGCAAAAGACAUAAUUAAUAAAAUCCCAAAUUCUUGUAGCCCUAAAGAAAUAGCAGUGGCUUGGCGAGCUUUCUUAAGUGCUUGUGAGAGUCAUAAAGAGAUUGAGUUUGCAAAAAUGGCAGCUGAGAGAUUGAUGGAAUUGGAAAAUGAUAGUGGCGUUUAUGUAAUUAUGUCUAAUUUGUAUUCAAGUACUAAUGAUGUUGAUAGCUUGCAAAAGACUAGAAAGAUGAUGAGAGCCCGUGGGGUCGAUAAAGUACCUGGGUGUAGCUCGAUUGAGGUCGGUGGUGUGGUUAAUGAAUUUGUUGUGGAUGAGAAAACGAAUUAUAAAAUAGAAGAGAUUCAUGAAGUUUUGAAGAAUUUGAAUCGACAAAUGGAUUGAGUGGAACAGGUUGUAUUGUGUUUGGUGUGCUUUAGAUUGGGACUCAGACUGAUGUCAAUGAAACAAAAGCUGUAUUUUUUUUUGUCUCAGUCAAGACUCAAGAAGAUGAAGCGUAGAUGUUGAGUUUGUUAUUUAUUUCAAGAUAUAACGAGAGUUGUUUGAUGAUAAAAGUAAUCGUGUUAGAGGAAAUUGCUUUUUUAGCAAAGUAAGAUUAAAAUGUGUAGUUAAAUAAGGAGAAAGCAAAUUUAUUCUUUUAGCAUUGGAUUUCCAAAAUGGUGAUAAGCUAAAUGAGAAUUUUUUACAUUAAAGCAAAAUAAAA